CGAAGAUCAAGAAUGAGGAGUGGAGUAGAACAGUGAGAGCAUGACUGCUGACUUCCAUCCCGAAGUCAAGCUAAAAUGGGAUUAUGACAAUGAGGGUUGCAAUAUUUUUCCUUCGAACUUCGACUUUGAGUUCGUUGCAGUUGAGGACAAAGAACCAGAGGUGGUCGAGGGUGCUGAGGUUAGUGAAAAUGAACUAGAGGAACCAAUGAACCAGCAACCUCCACUAGUAGAGUAGUCAUCCUUGUUUUAAUGAUCUCGUUAUUUUGUUUUGGACAAUUUAUUUGAAACAUUCUUGUAAUUUUCCUACAUUUAUUUGAUUGAUACAUUUGUGAUUUGUUCUAUUCUUCUAUUUCGUAGUUGUUCAAGGUAAAGAUUGAAAUAAAAUCUAGAAUCACCU